GAAUGUCUUCAAAAGAUAAACAAAGUGUUAAGAGUGAUAAAUCUAAAGACAAGAAGAAGAAAUCUACUAAAUUAGACAAGAAGGAUUCAAAGAUUCUACCUCCACCUGAUAAUGAUUAAUAACAACUUAUUGCAAGAGUAAUUAGUAGAAGUGGAGAUAAGGAAAGCAAAAAUUUGGGUAUUACAAAUAAUUAACUUAGCCAAUUGUGAUGAUGAUCCUUAAAUGCAAACAUUUAAUAAUAAUGGUAAUUUCUAAACUAACAAUUCGUUGUAAUAACAUAAUUAAUUUGAAAAUUAUCCUACAGUCAAUAAGAAUAAUAAUCAAUUCAGAACAAAUAAAUUUAUGAAUGAUCAAAAUACUCAAUAAUAUUAAGAUCAUUAAUAUUCAAAAAGUCCAUUAUAAUAUCAAGAUCAAUAUUAUUCACCAAGUUAUACAUAACCCUAUUAUCCAAAUCAAUAAUUUACACAAUAAGCUACUUUUGAUUAUAGAUAUGAAAGACUCAAAGAAUAAGUUAAUUAGAGUUUGUUACCCAAAAGAUAAGAAAUUCUGGAACAAGUCUAAAAGGUUAUUGCUAUUAAUGAUAAAUUAGAUAGAUAACAGAAUUGAUGAAAUCAAAUAUUAAUCCUAAAAAAUAGAGAACAUUACCAGAGAAGAAUGUGAAUACAUUAUAGAUAAAUUAAAAAGUGCUGAAAGUCAAAAAUUACAAAUGUUAUAUCAUGAUAAAAAUGAAUUACUCAGGUAAAAAUAAUCAUUUAUUUAUAGAGAUAUUGAUUAAAUUGAAACUCUCUAAUAAAGAAUAUCAUAAUUAUAAGAAUUCAAUUCUCAAAAGAAUUUAGAUUUAUUUGAAAAUAUAGAAAGAUUAAGUAGAAAAAGAAUUAAAAAAUAAAUUGAUAUAUAUCCAGAUGAUUUACCUUAAGAUUUGAUUCAAUUUAGAUAAUUGUAAUAAUAAAAUUAGAUGCUUCAAAAAUUAAUGGAUUUUAAAAAUGAAAUUAUAUGGAAAUUAUUUAGUGAUUCUUAAAUAGAAAAUAAGAGAAUUAGAGAAGAAUUAGAAAAAUAAGCUAAUUAAGAAUUUUAAGAAUGGUACAACAUUGUAGAUUAAUAUUAAUAAGAAUUAAAUAGAUAUAAAUUAUAAUGUACAUUUUGUGGAAUCAAUUUUGAUUAUUAAUUGAUUAAUUCUGAUUGCAAUUAAAAUCUAUAAGAUGCAAGUAAUAUAUUAAUUAAUUAUAAAGAAAUCUAAUUCGAUUGUGAAUAGAUUCCACCUGAAUAAUUCAUAGGUACUCGAAGACACUUUUUUAGUAAAAAUAGAUAAAUGUAAUAAUCUUAAAUUUAAAUGGAAGACAAUAAAGUAUGA